AUGGCAGUCAUAAGAUAAUAGAUGAUGCGAGGAAGAGCCAGAGGGAAGGAUGGGCAGUAGCGGCCUCUCCUUGUUCCUGAGCGGCCCCUUUGGGCUGCUGCUGCUGCUGCUGCUGCUGCUUCUUCUCCAGGCGGCCGGCUUGGCUGGGGCUUCCCAGCUGCCUCUGGCCAUCAACACCUGGGCGUUUAGGAGAGCGGCAGAAGCAGCUUGGAGCACCUUACAGGCAGGAGGUUCGGAAAUGGAUGCAGUAGAAAAGGGUUGUGGACAGUGUGAGAUUGACCAAUGUGAUGGAAGUGUGGGGUAUGGAGGAAGUCCAGAUGAACAUGGAGAAACAACAUUGGAUGCCAUGAUUAUGGAUGGUAACACUAUGCAGGUUGGGGCAGUAGCAGAUCUCAGGCGUAUUAAAAAUGCCAUUGGUGUGGCACGAAAAGUGAUAGAACAUACCAGGCAUACCUUGCUGGUUGGAGAAUCAGCCUCAAUGUUUGCAGAAAGUAUGGGAUUUCCAUGUGAAGACUUAACUACGCAAAGCUCUCUUUCAAUAUAUCUCAAAUGGCUUAAUCGAAGCUGCCAGCCCAACUUCUGGAAGAAUGUUACUCCAGAUGCUUCAAAAUCAUGUGGCCCAUACAAACAGACUGCAAAGUUCAACAAGGAAGAGCAGACUGUCUGGGAGAGAAGAAUACAAAUUUCAAAUCAUGACACUAUUGGCAUGAUUGUGAUUGGCCAGACUGGAAGCAUUGCUGCAGGGACAUCUACAAAUGGUGCAAACCACAAAAUCCAGGGACGUGUAGGCGACUCUCCAAUAGCUGGAGCUGGAGCAUAUGCCGAUAGUACAGCUGGAGGUGCAGCUGCCACUGGAGAUGGGGAUAUUAUGAUGCGCUUCUUGCCCAGCUAUCAAGCGGUGGAGUAUAUGCGAACAGGAAUGGAUCCAACAGUGGCAUGCCAAAAAGUUAUAUCUAGGAUUCAAAAGUAUCACCCCUACUUCUUUGGUGCUGUUAUCUGUGCCAACAUGAGUGGAAGCUAUGGUGCUGCCUGCAAUAAACUUCCAGGAUUCACCCAAUUUCAUUUUAUGGUUUCUAAUCCCACUUUGAGACAGCCAUCAGAGCAAAUAGUAGACUGUAUUUAACAUUUCACCUCUCCUAGCAACAGCACCUACAUUUAACAAAGUAGGAAGAAGGGAAGACCCACAAUGCAAUCCUGUACACUUCUAUUGAGUUUAUUAAGACUUACUCUUAGGUAAGCAGACAUAAGAUCAUGGUCUAAAUUAAACUUUGAGGGGAAGUAAAUUUAUACAAUUUGCCCUGUUCUAAUUAAACUUUGAUUUCUUGCAUUGCCAGUACUUCAAGUGUUGUACAGUUUUAGUUUGCCAAUGUUUCUGUUAAGUUAAAUUAAAUGGGGGAAAGCUUCAUGAAAUCAUGCUUGUAUUCUUGCAACAGGCAUUUCUUUCCACCCAUCCACCCUACCUCCCAGUGUGCUGCCAUCCUGUGCCUCCCAAAUCUGUAACUGAUUUACAGGUUGCCUUCAAUCUUCCACAACAUUUUUAAGGAACGCAAUGAACCCCCAGCAGUGACUGUUCCAGAGGCAUAUGAAACUGUUGGAUGGAAUUUGAUUUGCUGAAUGAUGCCACAGUAAGAUUGCCAGGUUAUUUCUCGAGUUCUGCUAAAGAUGUCUGAUAUUAUCUUAAUUUGUCAAGUCAAGGCACUUUGAACACACAUCCACAAAAUCAUCUUCCUCCUUGGAUAGACCAGCUGACUUCUGUUUUGGAAAAAUCUGCUGGAGUUUUUUUCCUGCCUAAUGAAAAAUAUCCCUGGAAAGUUCCUGAAAGAGAAGGCAUGUUGAAUGUCACAGUUUUAUUAGGAAAAGCUAGAAAUACAAUUUUAAGACAAUCGUUUGACUGGACAAUUUCAGGUGCUGAUAUUAAAACUUGUCAUAUGGUUGCUGGUUUUAUCUUUCCCAUAUGCUUUUAGGUUGCACAGUUCCUUAUUUCUUACAUAAUUACUGACCUGGUAUAAGAAACCAUUCAUCAAAUACAUGAACAGUAAACCUAUAUGAAUCCUAGCAGUUUUACCUCAGUAUGCACAUGUGAAGUCUCUCCCCCCCCCCCCGCCAUUAAAUCCAUGAAGACUAUUUUGAAGAAAAUGGCAACAAUUAAAAUGAAAUUCAAUCUUUCCUUCUAGCAUUUGUCAAAAUAAUGUAUUUUUGUGUUGUGUUAAAAAUUCUGUGAACCAGUUAUCCCCUGUACACACACACACACAUAUGCUUGUACAUUUAUUAUUUGUCAUUAGUUCCCACCACCACCAAGUUUCAGUGCUGUCAGGACUACUACAUGCCCCUUAUAUCUGGGAUAUGGCCAUAAGUGGGUCAUGAUUUCCAAGCACAGAACAGAUUCACUACCCAGUUGAACUGGAAGCUACCGAACAAACACUGGAUUAACUUGUGCCAGCUGCUUUUCUACCACCUAAUAUAUCCCAUAAUUCUGAUGGAACAAAAUAGGGGAGGCUCAUUUGUAUGGUGGGGAGGAUGCAAGUGUAACUGCCAAUCAAGAUUCCUUCUCAGACUGCUGCUUGUUUUCUUUCUUCCCUUAUCCUCCAUAGUUCUUCAAAAACUUCUCUUCAUUCCAUCUGAGUAUACAAGCCUUUGGGCCAUACUGUUUCCAAACCCAGUAUUAAGGAAACCUUAAUGAGAUACAGGACCAACACACCAGGCUUUGUACCAUGAUUCUCAUUUUACAACUUUAUGAAUAGCCACUGAGUAAGUAGCCAGUGUCAGUCCAAUAAAAUAGCAAGUUAAAUGCUGGAAUUUGAGACAAAGGCAUAAGAUAAAACUGUGUCCACCUAAAGCUCUGAGGAAACUUUCUGAGAUUGAAUAGCCAUUCACAACUAGUGGAAGCUAGUUGAUGCGGCUUUCCAGAAAUCUAUUAAAGGUAUUCCAAGAUGCCUUGGGUGUGACCCUGGCAGCUAAAACAAGUGGCAAUGUGUGACCCUCUCACCCAGCAGAUGAAUAUUUAAACGUAUUAAAUUCAGAAUUUGUUUUGCAUUUGUUAUUUGAAAGAAAAUGUGUUUUUCACUUGAUUCUUGUUCUUUUUGUGAAUCAGUGUUAAUUAAAUUAUUUUAAAAUCUGUUAACAUGUAACUUCUCUUGCUGUAUGUUUAGAGUGGUUUUUUGUGUUGUUGUUUUUUUUGUUUAUUUGUUUGUUUUACAGAGAUCGAGUUAACCUCUUCCUCAGAGGUGCAAAAAUACUGUUCGUUCAAAAUUUGGGGUCAUUUAAAAAAUCUUCAUAAUGUAAUAUGUUCAUUGUUCUACGAAUUCUUCAGUUGCUAGAUGCCUGUUUUGAAGUAUCUUUGCACUUUUAAUACCUGAAUGAUUAUCUUAUCAGAUUCUACAUGUGUCUUUGAAAGAGAGAAAAAAUUUGCACAAGAAUAAAUGCUUUGAUACAUUUUUAAA